UUCCAUGAAGAGCAUGCAGACGGAGGAGGCGGGCAGUCCAAUAAACUUGCAGAAAUGAGUGAGGACUGAAGGUGACUUUGCUUGGACGGGCGGGGGGAGAACCUAGAGAUACGAGACGAAGACACGGAGGAGUUGUAGCGUAAGAAUUAGACAAAUUACAACUGCCAUCCAUCCCUCCAUCAGAAGAACAGAAGAUUUAAAAGAGGGCUCGAACUGUGGACUUGAUAAUGGAACCCCGGUCGGCAUCGUGGCUGUACGUGAUGCUGUGCGUGAUGAGCCUCCUGCCCACUCCUGCAGACUCCAUGCCGAGGGUCCGGAGAGUGAAACGAGGUUGGGUGUGGAACCAGUUUUUCGUUCUGGAGGAGUACACCGGUCUGGACCCGCUUUAUAUCGGAAAGCUCCACUCGGACAUGGACAAAGGUGAUGGCUCCAUCAAGUACAUCCUGACGGGCGAAGGCGCCGGCAACACCUUCACCAUCGACGACAGCACCGGCGACAUCCACGCCAUCCAAAGGCUGGACCGUGAAGUCAAGGCGCAGUACGUGCUGCGAGCGCAGGCCCGCAACCGCCUCACCGACAGGCCGCUCGAGCCAGAGUCGGAGUUUAUCGUCAAGAUCCAAGACAUCAACGACAACGAGCCCAAGUUCCUUGAUGGACCAUAUCGGGCGUCUGUCCCGGAAAUGUCCAAAAUAGGAACGUCAGUGAUUCAGCUGACCGCUACGGAUGCCGACGACCCGACGUACGGCAACAGCGCCCGCGUGGUCUACAGCAUUCUGGAGGGUCAGCCUUACUUCUCGGUGGACGCCAAGACCGGUGUGGUACGGGUCUCCCUGGCCGACAUGGAUCGGGAAACCCGGGCAAACUACACAGUGGUCAUCCAGGCCAAGGACAUGGGCGGCCAGCUGGGCGGCCUUGCCGGAACCACCCGCGUGGACAUCUCGCUCGGGGAUGUCAACGACAACCCGCCCGUCUUUGACCAAAGGUUGUAUCAGAUGAGCGUCCCCGAGUCCGCCACGGUGGAUUCGGAGGUGGGACGCAUCCAGGCCGAGGACCGCGACGUAGGAGUCAAUGCCGACAUGACGUACCGCGUCAUCGACGGCGACGGCAGGGACACCUUUGACAUCGUCACCGACAGCAGCAACAGAUUCGCCAUCAUCACCGUAAAAAAGCCACUGGACUUUGAGGCCAAGCGAAGUUACACGCUGAAGGUAGAGGGUGCCAACACGCAUGUGGAGCCCGCCUCUUCAUUUUCCCGCCACGACACCAACACCUUCCACGACGUCACCAUUGUGCACGUAAGCGUGGACGACGUGGAUGAGCCGCCCGUGUUCGACGCGCCGGCUUACUUGGUGGACGUGGCCGAGGACGCUGACGUGGGCACGCUGGUCAAGACGGUGGCCGCCAGGGACCCGGACCAUGCCAACAACACUGUGAGGUACUCCCUGGACCGUUCCAGUGACCCGGACAAGUUCUUCUACGUGGACAUCACGUCUGGUGCUCUAAUCACAUUGCGUCCGCUGGACCGUGAGCAGCUGGGCUGGCACAACAUCAGCGUGCUGGCCAUGGAGAUGAAUAAUCCUUCGAAGCUGUCUAGCGUGGCCGUGUCCAUUCGCGUGCAGGACGUCAACGACAACGCGCCCACGCUCAGCGACACCCUUGAGGCCUUCGUGUGUGACGGUGCCAAGGCGGGACAGUUGAUCCAGGCUGUGACGGCCGUGGAUCCUGACGAGCCUCCCAGCGGACAUCACUUCUCCUACGCAUUAGCGCCACACGCCGCCAACAAUCCCAACUUCACCCUGAGGGACAACCAAGACAACACGGCAUGGAUCCUGACGCGUCGUGGCGGCUGGUCCCAGCGCGAGCAGAGCAUCUUCUACCUUCCCAUCGUGGUGACGGACGGCGAGGCACCGAUAAAGACCAGCACCUCCACAUUGAGCGUGCGCGUUUGCGCCUGUGACCACGACGGAAACAUCAUGACCUGCAACCCCGAAGCUUAUAGCCUGCCCGCCAGCCUUAGCAGGGCCGCGCUCAUUGCUAUCCUUGCCGCCAUUUUCGUGCUCCUGGUGAUGAUUCUACUCAUGUUGUCACUACGGACACACCGCAAGAAACCGUACCUGAGCGACAACGAGGAGAACGUGCACGAAAACAUCGUUCGCUACGACGACGAGGGCGGCGGCGAGGAGGACACGGAAGCCUUUGACAUCGCCGCCAUGUGGAACCCGCGGGAAGUGCAACCACACGCUUGCGAGGCGCGGCAGGACAUGUUUCCGGAAAUCCAGAGUUUGUCUCGCUACGUACCGAUGGCUCGCGCUGAUGCCGGCGGCGGCGUUCACGGCUACGUGUUGUCCAAGCUUGUGGAGGCCGACGUGGAUCCGUGUGCGCCGCCCUACGACUCCCUGCAGACGUACGCCUACGAGGGCGAGGGCUCAAUAGCGGAGUCGCUCAGCUCUCUUCAGUCGGGCGGAUCCGGCGGAGACCACGAUUACGAUUACCUCAACGACUGGGGACCGCGCUUCAAGAAGCUGGCCGAGAUGUAUGGCGUUCUAGACCCUAACAAUUCCCCCAUGUGGUAGUCGGGAAAGAACACAAAGCAUCACAUUUAUUGAAUUACGCCUAGACGAGCCUGGUUUUCUUCACCCUGUGGUGGCUUCCCGACAACAUCUACGAGAGUCGCUCAUAUGAUUCCCUUCCAGAACCCGACCGCCUUAACGGACCUGGUUUGGUGGGUUUACAAGGCGUGUGAACAAAAUGUCACAAAACUAGAAAAUUUCCAGUAGAAGAAUGCCGGGUCAUCAAAGCACACAGACAGAAAAAUAAAAAUAAAAGAAGGUUGAAGAAGUCCCAUCAGACAAACGGAUCACUGCCACAAGCUGAAGUUGUUGGUCUACAUAUGUAUAUUGGAGGGUAAUUCAUUUUAGGAAGUUACAAUGUUACGUUUCGAGGAGCUGGCCAAGAUGUAUGGUGUUCUGGACAAAGAAUCGUUCAUAAGGUUGGACUGAAUCCCGACGGGCCUGGUCGUGACCCUUCUCUGGCUUGCAUGUCAGAAUCUCUGGAGUCAAUUUCUAAGCACACUAACGAAAGAGGACCACAACAGAAGAAUGAAUGAUUCUCAACAGACAGACAUUGCAGCCGCCUCAUCAGGUCCGGAUCAAAAUAUAUUAUUUUCUAUUUAUAUUGGGGCUAACUUAUUUGAGGACCAAAAGCAGAUGCUCACUGAAAAGAAAAGUGGUCAAGAGGCUGCCCGCCGUCCGCAUUAAGUGCCAAAUGUACACAAAAAAAAAAAACGUUUUGGAUUUUAAAAACAAAAGAGCACCAAACAAAGAGAAAGAAAAACUGUGAGGGUAAUUUUGGAUCUUUUUACUUGAACAUGUGGGGUUGCUCAUGCUACGCUAAAGUAGUAUGCGAAUGCCGAUACUUUUUUGUAUUCUUGCUAAUAAAAUGCUUAAAAGCUA